AUGAAGGAGAUUGCCUCUGGAAAGAAGGCGGACAAGAAGCUUUGGGAGCGGAAGCGAAUGCGCGCUGAAGAUUUCUUUCACCUCGACACUUACGAAUCGGAGCCGAAACCGCGAAAUACGCGAUUUGCGCUUCAGCAGGAAAAGAAGGAGGUUAUAAAGACACUCCAAGAACAUGUUGCGGCGCGAACUUCUGCCAGCGACAUCGACAUCGGCCCCCUCCCACGAGCGCCGCCCGGUACGGGCAAUAGUACCGAUAGGUCACUCCGAAUGCGAUUGGCCAUGAAAGAGGAACGUCUGGUCAGGGAGAAGAAGAAGGAAAAGUCUUAA